UGUCUUCUUUAUUAGGUAUUUUGCGGAUGAAUAGCGCACAUAACGGUAAUCCUCCAAGAUGGAGGCUGUAGCAAAACACAAGUUUUCUGCAACUGCUCAGGACGAAUUAAGCUUUGAAAAGGACGAUAUAUUAAAGGUUAUUAAUAAAGAAGAAGAUGAAAAUUGGUACAAGGCAGAACUUAAUGGUAAAAGUGGAUUUGUACCAUCAAACUAUAUAACUAUGAAACCAAAUCCGUGGUAUGUUCCAAAGAUAUCAAGAGAGGAAUCAGAGAAAAAAUUACUUGUAAAAAGUGGUACCAAUUAUAUACAACCUGACGGUGCUUUCCUAGUACGGCCGAGUGAAACAUCACCUGGGGACUUUUCUAUAUCUGUCAAAUUUGGUGAUAGUGUGCAACAUUAUAAAAUUUUAAGAGACAGAGAGGGAAAAUUCUUUCUGUGGGUUGUCAAAUUUAAUUCAAUAAAUGAGCUUAUAGAAUAUCACAGACAAGCAUCAGUUAGUCGGACACAGACAGUUGUUUUAAAAGAUAUGAUACAUGAACAGCAAGCAAGAAUAGCAAGAGCAUUAUACGAUUUUGAACCAGGAAAUGCUGAUGAAAUUCGAUUUAAAAAAGGUGAUAAUAUAGAAGUAAUUGGAGAGGAAGAUUGUAAUUGGUGGAAAGGACGAGUUAAUGGACAAGAAGGAAUAUUCCCUGCAGCUUAUGUCAAAAUUGCAUAGUUUUAAUAAAUAGAAUUGACAAUUUUUUAUUAAAAACUUGAAUGUUUGAAUGGAAGGUACAAAUAAAAGUUAACAGAUAUUAUGAGUUUGGGUGGGUACUAACAUUCUAUGUUCUUUGUCAGUAUUUAAGAUUAUAUGUACUCCUUGUGAAACAGGCAAGAAUUUUAUACCUUCCUUCUGUUUCGUAAACUUGUACAAUUUUUAUACCUGCUGAUAAUAUAUUUUUUAUCCAGUAAUGACAAAGAUG